CAAGCUCUCAGUCUAUGCUAUGUCGAUCCUCGUACUGUAAAAUACGUGCGGGAGCUCUCGCCGUACCGUAGCCAGCCAGCUUCGCUCCGCUUGUAAAUUGUAUACAACAUGUCAACAUAUGCAUAGCGGACGCACACUGUGUACAGCGCAGCAGCCAGAUUUUUUUAGAAGCGGUGAAAGUUAUUUUCUGAAAUACCUCCCCAUUCUCUCCGAAUUUGUAGUAAUUUCUCACAAGCUGGGCGCUAUCGGGAAUAUGAAGAGGCGAACUGCCGACUGCGGCAGACCUAGACGUCCUUUGAAACGUACAAAGAUCACGGAGGGUAUUUACGGCAGUAGUACUUUCCUCUACCUGAAAUUCCUUGGAAUAUGGGGCUUUGUCCUGCUGCUUGACUUUCUCCUGGAGUUCCGCUUUGAGUAUCUCUGGCCAGUCUGGCUGCUGCUAAGAAGCAUCUACGACUCCUACAAGUACCAAGGCCUGGCCUUCUCGGUGUUCUUCAUUUUCAUUGCCUUCACGUCGGACAUGAUUUGCCUGCUGUUCAUCCCAGUGCACUGGCUCUUCUUUGCAGCCAGCACCUACGUGUGGGUCCAGUUUGUGUGGCAUACUGAUCGAGGCAUCUGUUUACCGACGGUGGCUUUAUGGCUGCUGUUUGUAUACAUUGAAGCUUCAGUAAGACUCAGAGGGUUAAGAUCAGUGGUUCCAUUUCAUCUGGAUUUAUGCAGGCCAUUCGCUGCUCACUGUAUUGGCUAUCCGGUAGUUACUCUAGGAUUCAACUUCAAAAGUUAUGUGAGCUAUCGCAUGAGGCUGAGGAAGCAGAAAGAGGUUCAAAAGGAGAAUGAUUUUUAUAUGCAGCUCCUGCAGCAGGCACUGCCCCCAGAGCAGCAGGCGGCCAAUGGCGUCGCGGUCGCUCCAGCUGAAAAACCUACAAAAGCUGUGAGUAAAAAGCCUGACGAGCCUGUAGCGAAUGGAGUCGGUGGUAAGAAAGAGUCUCCGAGUAGCAAGCAACCAAAGAACCACCCCGCAGGGGACGGAGGUGGUGGUGGAGGCAAUGAGAGAAGCAAUGUGACUAAAGACAGCCGUAAUAAACAUGUCGGAGCAAACAAUGCCAGCACGCAUGCCAAGUCCACGUCGACCACUCCGCAGGAUGGCAAUUACAUAGAAACAAAGACUUCUCAACUCUCAUCCUCCUCCUCCUCCUCCUCUACUUCGUCAUCAUCAUCGUCGUCAUCGUCGACGUCGACGACGAGCAGUCACUCUGUGAACGAGUUUGACAACGUAAAGGAAAAUCUUGCCAACGAGCAGACGCAAGCCAAGAAUCUGAAACAGAUCUCGGUGGGGUCGUCGACGCGGCAGCGCAACCCUUCGCCCGUGAUGAAAGAGAACAGUUCCUCGGGGCAGGGGAGUAGAAAGCCGAAGCCGCUGCCUUCCAAGCUAGAAAAUAAAGAUAAAGAUAAGGAUACAAACGUUAGUGCGGAGCAAGCCAGAACGAUGAACAGCACCAACCAGCAAGUUAAGACGGAUCCUUCCAAGUAUACCAUAGCUAGGUUGGAGUCUGAUAUAAAGAAGCUGAAGGCUGACCUUCAGGCCAGUCGUCAGGUAGAGAGUGACCUUCGAAACCAAGUCAACAGUAUAUUAGCUGAUGAAAUACAAGAUAAGGAGGUCAUGGAACAGUAUAGAAAAGAUAAUGAGUCCCUUCAAAACAGAUUGCAUAAUUUGGUGACCCAGAAGCAGCAGGACAAGCAGAACAUAAUUCAGCUUGAGAAGAAGGUCAAGCAGGAGAGGGAUGGGAGAACCUCUCUUGAGAACCUGCUCAAGGAAGAACGUAAAAGUAGAAAAGCUGAAGAAUCCUGCAGACAAUAUUCUCAUGCAAGUAGCGUGGAAGAGUGCACGGAAAACUGUCGCACGAGACGCCAGGACCAGGAAAGCGAGAUUCAACAUUUAUUGAAGGAAACAAGAGACAAAGGAGAUAGAUUAAGAGAUUUAGAACAAAAUAUUGAGCUCCGUGAACGUCAGGAAAUCCAGAGCAAUAACGAGAGGCUGAUGAACGCCCUGGUAGCCAUGCAAGAUAAAACAGCUCAGCUGGAAAACAGUCUUAGGGCGGAGACCAAACUCAAGCUAGAUCUCUUCUCGGCUCUGGGUGAUGCAAGGCGACAGGUUGAAAUAGCUGCUAGUCAAUUACAUCACAAGGAUUCUGAGAUCCGUGAGUUAAAAUCAACCAUAGCUGACCUGAUGGCAGUAAUGCCCAUGGCUAACUACCCUUCAACCUCCACCUCUGGCAGUGCACCCGCCACCCCGCGGUACUCCGUCAACUUCUGCAGCCCGCGUCAGUCACAGGCCGACGAGAGCUCCAAACCAGCGGCGGUCACCAAGCCAAUGGCGGGGGUAUCUCCCCUCGUUCAGCAGCAACCAACGCCACCGCCCCAACCGCAGCAACCGCAGCAGCAGCGAUCCAACCCAGGGACCCCUCCCCCUGGUGCACAGUCGCAGGGGACUUCCCCCGCCAAGUCAUCGGGGCUCGACCCCAAUGCAGCCAUCUACAGACCUAAGAGUAACUAGAACA